UAUAAUCAUACUAAAACAGACUAAAACGGUCAGACUAUUAAUCCUCAGCCCAUUUACUUGAUCGAACCAACUGGCUAAACCGGGUUGACAACCUUGCUUAUACCCAACCCAAACACAACCUACCAGCCUUUUCAAUGAUCAUGUUGGAGUUAAUAUUCAUUAAUGGGUCUCAUACUCCUCCAAGUGCAAGUGGGGAAGUUCCAAGUCAUUCUUUUAUCCCACUCUCCAUUCUACAACCUUUGUGUUUAGCUAUUGUCCGCUAGGUUUACAUCUAUUGUCCAUUGUGUUUCUCAUAACAAUUAUUGUCUACUAGGUUUUCAGCUCCCUAUUCCAGCAACUAUCCACUAGGUUUUCGACUAUGACUUUUUGCACAAAUCAUCGCAUUUGCCACCAUUUCGCAGUCCAUCUCGAAAUACUAUCAGUGAAAUCCUAAGUUGUUCCCCAUUUCACAACCACGAGUUUUGUAUCGGGAUUGAGUUUCAUCCUAUUUAGUGUUAUUUUUUAUUUUUUCUCUCUUUUUGUUGAGAAUGAUCGCAAUUAAAACCCAAACACAUCCAGACAUAAAAGAGAGAAAAAAGUGUAUUAGUUUGAUACUAUCAAUUCGUAGUUCAUAUCAGUUAACAAAAACCUACCAGCCUUUUCAACAAUCAAUUGUUCAGAGAUUAUGUUUUUCUUCCGAUUCUGAUUUUGCUUGAUCCAAUGCCUGCCAACAAAAUACCAUCACAAAAGCCCUUUAAACUUGGGUGGUUCAGUACCAGCUAGAGGAUAUUUUAGUGAUCAUUGGCAAUGUUUUAGUGCCUCUCACACAUUCACCGUUUUCCAAUAUCGCUACUGAAAAUUCAUACUAAAUUUGCUAUGUGUUGUCGAGUUUUAUAUUGAGAUCGAGUUUCAUAUUCAAUGAUGUUUUCUUAUUUCUCUUUUCCCUUUUGGUUAAGCAUUAAAAUUGAACUCAAGCUCAAGGGUAUGCAACCUAAUUCAACCAGGUCAAAGCGAAUUGAAUCCAAACCCAUGGUAUUGACGAGUUUUGUAUCGAGAGCGAGUUUUAUCCGGAUUUGUAGUUGGCAGGUUGGGUCGAGUGUGAAUUUAUUAGAACUCAAUUCGACCCGGUUAAAGCGAGCUAAACACGGUGUUGAUGAGUUUUGGAUUGAGAGUGAGUUUUGUCCACUUUGAUAGUUUUUAUUUGGGUUAUAGGUAUAAUAUGCCCUUCUACUAUGAUGUUUUAUCAAACAUGCCCCUUUACUAUAUUUUACAUCAAACAUGCCCUUGUACUUUGUAAAAAUUAUCAAACAAGCACUUUUGUUAAAAAUUUCAUCCAAAAACCGUUAACCAACGCCAAACUUUGGUUUGGGCGACACAAAUGUCUAAAAUAUCCCUAAUAAUUUCACUUUAUAAUGUUUUUUUGUUCUUUUGUGUAGCCAAUUAAUUCAAAUAAUUUCACUUUGAAGAGACCCAGAGAAAUAAAACGGGGGACAAAACUGAUAUUUUCCCUCCCAUUUGCCGAUGUCGGGUCAUCUAGAUCUUAGUUCAACCAUGACUGAUAAUUUUUUUCAAUGAAAAUUUUAGCAGAAGGGCAAGUUUGAUAACUUUAUCAGAGAACUGGGGCAUGUUUGAUGUAAAAAAUAAUAGAGAGGCAUGUUUGAUAAAACGUCAUAGUAGAGGGGCAUAUUAUACCUAUAACCUUUUUUAUUUCUCAUUUUCAUUUUGGUUGAGAAUGACAAUUGAUCCUUGACCCGAUACUAAUGAUUUUUUUUUAUCGAGAGUGUGUUUUUAUCUGCGUUUAGAAUUGACAUGUUGAGCAGAGUGUGAAUUGUUAAAAACUUGGUUCAAACCAGUCAAGGCGAGUUGCGCUCCGUGUGUAAAGUUUUUGGCAUGGAGUGAGUUUUAUCCGCUUUUGUGUUUUUUAUUUAUCUUUUCCCUUUUGGUUGAGCACCCAAACCUACGGAUAUCCAACCUAUUCAAUAUAAUCAAAACAACUUGAAGCCGAUGUUUACACGUUCCCGGGUGGGAGUGAGUUUUAUUCUCUUUUGUAAUUGACGGGUCAAAUCGGUUGUGAAUUUAUUACAAACUCGGUUCAGCCGGAUCAAAGAGAGUUGAACAUGGUGUUGCCGAGUUUUGGAUCGCGAGUGAGUUUUAUCCGCUUUAGUGUUUGAUAAUUUCUCUUUUUCUUUCUGGUUGAGAAUGAAAUUGAACCCAAAUUCAUGGGUAUCCAACCUAAUUCGAUCCGGCUAAAGUGAUGGGUCAGGUCGGUUGUGAAUUUAUUACAAAUCUGGUUCAACCCGAUCAAAGAGAGUUGAACAUGAUGUUGUCGAGUUUUGGAUCGUAAGCAAGUUUUAUCCUCUUUAGUGUUUGUUAAUUUCUUUUUUUUUUGUUUGAGAAUAAAAUUGAACCCAAAUUCAUGGUUAUUCAACCUAAUUCGAACGGGCCAAAGUGAGUUGGACCUUCUCAAACCUACGAUCAGUCCAAAACUACAUAAAAAGGAGAAUCAAGAUGAACUUUAAAAAAAACAAAGCAAAAAGAAUACACUAAGCAGUAGUUUAUGAGAGAAGAUUAAACAUAUAAAUCAUUUGCUCUACGACCGGUCUCCCUUAUUAAAGUAUCGUUGCGUCGUCUACAUGGAGUUGUAGAUGAUAAACCUUUACUUUUGGAUCAAAAUUCAAACUAUUAAUUUUUAAAAUAUAACAUUUUCACUUACACACGAAGCGACAACGAGCGGGAUUAUACUAGUAAUGAUUGAAAAUGAUAAUGGAAUGGAAUGGGUUUAAGUCAACCCACCCACUCUCAUCCCUACUAUUUCGCUAUGCACUAUGUACGCGUCCAAUUAAAAUAAACACGUUUCUUUUGCGAAAUGCGUCUUUGGGUCGAAACAAAGUGAAAUUAUUAGAAUUAUUUGGCUGUACAAAACAACCAAAAAAUUCUAAAGUGAAAUUAUUAGAAAUAUUUUAGACAUUUGUGUCACCCAAGCUAAAGUUCAGGCAUGGUUAACGGUUUUUGGAUGAAAAUUUAACACGAUGAUACGUUUGAUCAUUUUUACAAAAUACAAGAGCAUAUGUUUGAUAUAAAAAAUAAUACAGCACCAUGUUUGAUAAAACGACAUAAUAGUGUGGCAUAUUAUACCUAUAACCCUUUAUAUUCACGUACGCAAUCUAUUUUUUUAAGCACACUCCAAUUAUAUAGUAUAUUAAGUAAGUCGAUAAUGAUCACGUGCAUAGGUUGCAUGCGUAAUUAUAAGUGAAUUUGCAUGAAUAAGUGAGAAUUAAGUAAAAAUGUAACUUUGUAUUUGACUUUUCCAAUGCAGGAGCUUGAAAUCCAAAUGAGGGGGGCCGGGCCUGACUUGAACCGCGAUACUUGGGGGAGGGGGACUAAGAGUCUAAGACCUUAUCGACUAUUCUAUAUCUUAAAUUUGUUACGAAUUUUACUUAUAAUUUUAAGUAUAUUUCAAAGUUGAGAGAACUAUAUUUCUUCGUUACACUUUUCCCCAACACUUGAUCUUGAUGGAACCCACAAAUUACAUUCCUAUCUCCAAGUCAGAAAAUUGUGUUUAGUCUGAAUAUACGACUUCCAAAUGAAUUUUAUGUGUUGUUACCCCGUUGAUUUUUUCAAUUCCCACAUUACUUACCCCUAUACUCCCAAUUCCGUCACCAUGGCCCAAAGAAGCUCCCUCGUUGGUUCCCAACUUUCAUCUUUCCCCCGCGCCACAGUUUGAUCAAAGCCACACUGCCCAAUGUUUUCUUCUUCUUCUUUUUUUUCGCCGUCGCACGAUGGUGUUGAAAAAACACGCACCGUAUUACGUUUGUCCUUUGAAAAAUUAUGUAUACCAAUGAAGAACAAUGUCCUCAAUUCUUGUAAAGACCAGUUCUUUUAUUCAAACUUUUGCCCACCAAACCAGCCCUUAUAUAUUCCUCCCUCUCUCCCCACAAAGUCACCAACUUUUCUGUCCAUCAACUAACCCACCGAACCCUCCUCUGCCUCCCUUCUUCCCGGGAAAAAAAAAACAGAGCUUUUCCUUCUCUGCAAUCCACUACGACAAAAAAGUAGAAAUUUUGGCGGCAACCCAGAUGGCAUCUACGUUCAAAUCGCUCCGGUACGCAAUCUUCUUUGCGUUGGCGCUCUCCGUCGUGUUCGCCUUCGCCGCGGAAGCCGGCCGGCCAUUCAGCAUCAUGGAGUCGGAGACGGCGCAGGCAGCUGGGUGCGCGAUCGAACGAUUCUUCGACGGGCUGGCGCUGGGAGCGAUGAUGGUGUCGGGGCCGAGCCCCGGCGUGGGGCAUUCGUUCAGCAACGCGGAGACGCUGGGAGGAAUGAAGAACUCCGGACCCAGCCCGGGAGUGGGUCACAGCUUUACCACGGGCACCCACCAGUGACCCGACCCGGUCAAACUCGACCGAUCUUUGCUGAGUCGUAUUCGUUAGAUUGCGGACGAUUGAUUCUCUCUGGCUUUGGGUUUAAUUCUUUUGGAUUCUUUUGGGGGCGUUCGGCAUUCGGCUGAUGCUGAGGACGGCGUCGUGUAGAGGAAAAAAAGGAAUGAAUAGAAAUGAUAAAUCAUAUACGUGAUACACACACAAUGUUGUAGAGAGUCGGAAGGCAUGAAUGGCAUGCCGUACUUCUUUAUUGUUUUUGUUUUCCUUCAAGGGGGCAUUUGUUUAUUGGUUUAGGUUUACUUGAGAAACAAGAUCUAUUGUUUCAUUAUGUGAGCCUGCGAAUUUGUAUAUAUAUUGCAAGAGUUUUUUUUUCAAACGAUAUCAUGAUGCAAAUAAAUAGAUAGUUACAUCCUCGAAACUAGUCAGGCUCGGAAAUAAAAAAAGCGACUCAUAAUCGGAUACAUAGAGAGGGCUUUCCUAGCUACCGAGUGAGCUACCCUAUUGUUCUCCCGACCUAUAAAUCGCACACUAAACCCAGGAUGAGCGCGAAAAUAAUGACCUAUCUCCUCUAGAACAACACCCAACCUGUUGUCCCUUGUGUUGGCUUGAUUAAUUUUAUCAAUGAUUACUUUCGCAUCGCCCUCGAACCGGACCGCCGACAAGCCACAUUCUAAACAACAAAUAAUAGCCUCCCGAAGCACAAGCAAUUCCACCACUAUAGGCUCAUGCACUUGAGGAAACUGAACCCCCCUUGCCAUAAGGAUCGUUCGCACUGGAUCCAAAAGAACCAUCCCACCAGCCGAGUGCGACCCACUCCUAGUGGCACCAUCCCACGUGCAAACCAAUCGUGAAUCACCCACUUGGGUUACUGGUUGUACCAACGGGAAAGUCACCCUAGGAGCCUGGUCAAUUGGCAAGUCCACUCAUUCCUCAUAUUGCUGGUUAAACAAGCGCAGGAAUCCCAAACUGUUUGCCUUCAAAGACAACCCAGUUACGAGACCGCCAGAUCCGCCAAAGGAUGGCAGCAACAGCCAUAAACAACGACGGUUGAUGGAUCAGUGCCAGAACACGUUUGAGAAAUAAUGGAAAAGUGUGACGGGGCAAACCCUCCCCAAGUACUCCAGUCCUGAAUAGUCCUAGAGAGCCCGCGCAACCGGGCAAUAGAGAAACAUAUGUUCCAUAGUCUCAGGGCUAUCCUAGCAAACCGGACACUGGGGAAGCACAUGGACCUUUUUUUCAAUGAGCGCCUCAGUAGUUGGUAGAGCCCGAUUACAAAUUUGUCAGAAAAAGAUCUUCAGCUUCGGAGGGAUCCUAGCCUCCCACAAACGGAUCCAACUCGACAAAGAGUUAGGGGUAACCGAAAACACGACAUAACAUGCAGGGGUAGAGCCAAAGCUAUUGAUUUAAUCAAUGUUUCAUUUGCCGCUCAGGACAAUGCCCUUUGUUUUCACCCCUACAGUCGCUCUAAUAGUUUCUCCUCCAAAUAUCUGAACGUGAUCAUUUUAGACCUGGCAACCAGCGUUGGUAACCCCAGAUAUUUAUCAAGGACCCCCACUGCCUCAACCCCUAGAAUCGUGGCCAAGAUCUCUUGAUCUGGCAGGGCAAUAUUCUUACUAAAGCACAUCACAGAUUUCUCCAGAUUAACCCGUUGGCCACUCAGCUCCUCAUAUUCGUUCAAAACCUCAAUUAAAUUCUCACACUCCUGGAGAGAUCCUCGCAAGAAUAAAUAAGAGUCAUCAGUGAAGAACAGAUGAGAGAUUCUAGGAGCACUAGGAGCCACUUUUACCCCCUCCAGUUUCUUUUCCGAGAUCGCUUUCCGAAGGAGAGCCGCAAACCCCUCUAUGCAGAGAACAAACAAGAGAGGUGAUAGCGGAUCCCCCUGACGGAGCACCCGGGAGGAAGUGAAAUAACUCAAGGGGGUACCA